GAGGGUCAAGGCCGUCACCAGCGGGCAGGACCCUACUGGGCAAAUGUAUAGAAUUUUACAAGUUGCUGUGAAUUCACCAGCGUGCUCAGAGAAGACGAUAAUUCUGCAGGUGUUGGGUCCAGUCUCCAGUGACUGGGAAAAUUUAACCUCAUCAUCAGUGGUUCCUGAAAACCACCAUCAUUUCCACAGUUACCUGCUCAGAGUUCUGCGGAGGCUUGCAGCCAACUGCAAGAACUCCAGGAACCGCUGGAAAUGCGUAUUCUUCCCACAUAGCAAGGGCCAUCCAGGUGAUCUUCCUCACAUUGUUUCCCUCACUGCUGCUGAACAGGGUGCUGUGCUUCACGAGGAGAAGGAACAUCAGACCAAGAGGAUCUUGGCAGUCUUGGCAAGAUGUCCUUCAUCAUUACCCGGUUCAAGAGAUGAGAACAACCCCAUCUACAUAGCCCCAGCUAUGAAUGGUCCAGUUAAGUGCCCAGAAAGAACCUUGAAAGAGAAGAAAUUCUUCAAGUUGACAGGAGAUAUUUUGGUACAAAUACUCUUCCUUAUCCUGUUGAUGACUGCAGUCUACUCAGCACACAACUCCAACAGAUUUUACCUCCGUCAAGCUAUCCACAAGAGCUUUCCUUACCGCUUCUCAGAGAUCAAACUUCUUAAGCAUUCCUACCCCUGGGCCAGUAGCACCGUCCUUCCUAACCUGUACAGGGAUUACAGAGUUCUUUUUCAGUUUAACCUGCUGUUUGGAUGGAGCAUCUCUGACUACCGAACUUGUCUCAGUUCAGCAGUGACUGUUGUUGGUCUCCUGAUGGGAAUCUCUCAUCACAAGGAGGUUAUUGCUUUAAACCCAGUCCUGAGCUCCUUUCUUAUUCUCCUAACCAGUGCCGUUUUGAUGGUAUUUGUGAUCAACCUUUUUGUUUCUGCCAUUUUAAUGACCUUUGGUAAAGAAAGAAAGUCCUUUAAGACUCAGAAAGAAGCUGCACUGAUGGUUAUGCUGCUACUGAAGCUCUCAAGUUUGUUAGGAAUACAGCAACACCAGAACACAUGAUGACUAUGGGAAAUAUGAGUCAGAAGUAAGCUCACUGCAACUUUAAUUAAAGAUACAAGCAUGAGAUUUGGCUAAGGGGGAGCCCUGUCACACAGAAGUAACCAAGCCAACUCACAGGUAACAAUCUGGG